AGGGGAAGGCAACUAGGCAAGCAAGAACAGACUAAUGUACUAACCUCUAAACACUCAAUUUCUCUGAAUCCAGUCCCAGAUUCUUCUCUCUCCCAGUCUAUGGAAUCGUGCUUAUGACAAAUUUGGUAUUAGAGUCUAUCCACCUUGGAGAUUUUGAACUAUUUGCAAGUUCAUCGUUAUCGCACUCGUGAGCAGCAUCAGAUGCAGAGCGUGACCAGAAGAUGGCGGACCUCUUCCGAUAGCUGGCGUGGAUCAAACAACAGAACAAGGACACACAAGACAUGGUGGUGGCGCAAAUGGUGAUGAUCGAGUCCCUGGUGAAGUGGAAGCUGGAGGUGGAAGCAUUCGUGGCGAAGCUGAAGGAGGAGAUGGGCGAUCUGCGCACGCAACUGAGCCGGAUCACCUGCAACCCCAUCCUCGGCGUGCGACCGAUCAAUCUACCACCAAUUUUUUCACGACUAGGCAAGCAACAGUCGGAAAGGAACCCCGAGGAGGUGAUCACUGAUUUCAAGGAAGAAGAACCAAGGCCAGAUGGUCGCAGCCUGCAUGAUGAUUACCAGGGAUUUGGGAAUGGAGUGGCAUUUGCUCCAUUGUUGUCCUCGAGCAAAGGAGGACGUGAUGGACAUGGGACAAUGCAAGGAGUUUCGGCGGAUGGAGCCCUUGGCUAUGGCAUCCUGAGGGGCGCCACGUGAAGCAUCUGCUACCUCUGCCACUCAAACGAGUGGGGAGUCAGACUACUGAUCCCGCUGAGGAUAGAAGAAGAGUGGAGGGUGCCAGAGCCACGUAGGAAAGGAAUGAAAAGAUCAACAGAGGAAUGGAGGAACUAGUGGAGGCACUGCGCGUGUACCGAUGAGCGCAGGGCCUACGGUGAAAAAUGGACGGGCCGCGACCACUGGUGCGCCACCACAGUGUAGCUUCAUGUGGUGGAAGAGCUUCUUGAGUAUUAUGGCAGCAGGGAUAGAAGGCACUGGGGAGGAUGCAGCGGGUUCAGAGUGUGAGCCAAGGGACUUAAUGUCAAUCUCAAAGGAAGCUAUGGCUGGAACACAAUCACCACGAACCAUGAGAUUGCAAGGCUUGAUCCAGCGCCAGGAAGUCUUGAUGUUGGUGGAUUCGAGAAGCUCCAAUAGUUUUAUCAGUGAGAUGGCUGCACGGAAUCUGACGGGGCUUACAAGAGCAUUGCAAUCAAUUCGAGUACGGGUUGA